UGGGAGGGGCUUGUCUUAGUAACAAAUGCGUCACUAACUGCCGUUUCUUCCGCGGCGUUGAUUUCACCUUGGGACCCAAGAAGUUAUAUAUUUAUUUUUUUUGUCUUCCCUACUUAUUGAAUGCGAUAUAGACCUUUUUUGGACAUGAGGCGAAAACAGGCUGUGCGUAAAGUGCGCAGCUCCGAACGCCUGAAGAGAAAAACCAGCGUCGUCGACUCCGAAGCCGAUUCUACACACGAGAGUUCUCUCAAGAAGAUUGUUUCCCAGAGUUCAUCGAAACGGCAGAAAUGUGAAGACCUGGCUGAGACUGUGGAUCAUCUCACUGCUGGUAAACUACUUGAAAAUGGAGAUGGCAAUGCGGAGGGAGACAGCUUGGGGAAACCUGGGGAGCACUGCACAACAGCAACUGGGAUGAACAAGCCCUUCCACACAGACACUAAUGAGACUAGCGAGGGCUGCCUCCGAUUAGAAACGGCUGAAAAGAACGGCUGCAUUCAGGAAGCCCAAUCGGUGCCCAGAGCUGAAUUCCAGAUGGAUAACAGCAUCUUUAUCGAUGAAGACAGCAACCAACCAAUGCCUGUGGGCCAGUUCUUUGGGAACAUUGAACUCGUACAGGACUAUCCUGCGAAGGCUCCAGCUGCUGUGCCGAUGAGCAGACGAGAAUACAGAAAGUUACACUUCAUAGCCAAAGAUGACGACGAGGACGAGGAUGAAGACAGCCUCCUAGAAGCGCCCCAACAAAAUGGUGUCUUGCAACAAACGAAAACCAGGAAAAAUGGACUCUUUUGAUCUCCAGGAGGGAGAAAAGAAAAAGCACUUCUUGUCAGAAGUGCCUAACUGCGUUUUCAUUCUGUGACUACAUUCCUUAUGCGCCAGAAAGAAUCUCAAGCUGUUAGGUUUGGGGUGAACGUGGAGUUCAGAUGUCAUAUUGUAUACUGGCCAUGCAUUUCUUUUGCAAAAUGGGUCUGGGGGGGCCCUUUUUGGUAUGAAGGAGACAAGUAACAGCAGCCAAAACCAGAUGUGUUAUUUUUGUCUAACAGCGGACAGUCCUUUCCUAUAUUUAAUAAGCUUGCAGUAAACCAAACGGUUUUAAAUGAAUGACUCUACUAAAAAAUAUCAUGAGGUACUCAUUUUAUAUCUCUCGCCAUGCCAUUACAAUUUGAAGGAGAGGGAUAUGUUUUGUAAAUUAAACUGAAUGUCUACUGCAGUUGUAGCCUCUACUGGAGGUAAAUUUGAUGCUGUAUAUUACGUUUACUGAAGAAUUUAACUUGUUUUUGGAACGGGUAAAAAAAAAAAAAAAUGAAAAUGUGGUUAACACUAUUCAAUUAAUCUUACUGUAUUGGAUUAGGUAUAAAAAGAACACGCAUUGCAACUGAAAUGAAGGGUGUUGUUUAAUAUUCACAUUUUAAAAUGUAUUAACUCUUGUAUCAGGUAUUGGUAAGAACUGCAAAAUUGUACUUCUGAAAAGUUUGUUCCCUUUAUUUGGAAAUGUGGUUGUGAUUUUUGAGCUAUGAAGAAGCGCUCGGUUCAGAUGGAGUGAUCUUUAGCUUUUUUGUAUAUCAAUGGUUUAAGAAAGAUGUCUGUAAAGUUUUUUGUUUCAGCCAUGCACAUUGUGGUGUUUUUUCCUUUCUCUGGAUAUAUUAAUGUUGUGCAAUGUUUUCUAUUAAAAUUAAAGCAUUUAUAGUGCAUUCUA